AUGCAUAUCCACUCCUUGACAGAUAGACAUGACUCUAAACCCUCAAAUAGCGCAGAUAUUGCAGAAGCCCUGCAAACUUACUACCAUGAAUUAUACAACUUACAGAACUCCACUCCCUCUUUGUCAGAGGGGAGCGAGCGGUUGACCCCUCUAGAUUUGGACUCUGUUACGCUCCCUUCGCUAUUGCAGGCAGAUAUGGAGAAACUAGAAGCUCCUAUAGCCACAGAAGAGAUGUUACAUACUAUUGACAGCCUGCCAUUGGGGAAGAGCCUGGGCCCAGAUGGCUUUAGUGCUAAAUAUUAUAAGCUUUAUAAAACUAUUUUGUCCCCACAUUUAGUUUCCUUAUUCAACACCCUGGACACUUCCGUAGGUUUUCCUUCCACCAUGUUAGCAGCAAACAUUACUACUAUCCCAAGGCCAUGUAAGCCAGCAAACCGCCCAGAAAACUUUCGACCGAUCUCCCUCCUUAAUGUGGACAUAAAGAUCUUUGCUAAGGUCCUUUCCAACAGACUUAAUACAUUCUUAUCCAACCUGAUCUCACCAGAUCAGGUGGGAUUUGUGCCUAGCCGGGAGGCCAGUUGUUUAAAAUUAUAUUUUCUGGGGGUGCCCCUGUGGUGGAAAACAACUGAGACUUACCGAGCCUCUUUGCCCUAUUCAGAGAUUAGUUGUUUGGACACCUUGCGGCUCCAGCUGACAGUUCCUAUAGAAGUUAUAUUUACCAAAGGAACACUAACUGUGGAACAGCAAAGAAAACUCCCUGUUUCUGAUGUAAAAGAAAAGGAAACUGUGCUAAAUACGCAAACCAGCUUCAUCCGUCGCUAUGAGAUCAAAUAUCGAAAAGCAAGGACUGAGGAGGAGGAAGCUCUGAUGCUGAAAACUCUGCAAGAGGCAGAUGAAGCUCUCCAGCAACUGAGUAAAGGGACACAGGGCUCGUUGUCUCUGUAUAUCAUUCCUGAAACAUCUGCCAUCUUUUCUCAGGGUAAUCAAGUGUACAUUGGAAAGCACUGGAGGGUUCUUAUUCAGCAUGAUCUGGAUUCAUCUUCACACACUGAUGAACUCCUCCGCACCCUCUACUAUAAAGUAGAUCGCAUUGCUCAGACAAUGUCACUUACUGAGGAGGCCAUCACAGCAGCAUUGUCUGAUAGGAUUCCCAUUGGCAGGUUUAGUAAAGAUGACUUUGAAAACAACAGAAGAGCCUUCAAGUCUAGUCCAGGCUAUGACAUCACUUUUAGUUUACUGAACCCUGACCCUAAAUCUCAUGAUCUGAAUUGGGAUAUACACUUUUCUGCAGAUCAUUAUAUCCAGCCAUUUUUGAACAAGCUAAGUCCAUUGGCCAACUUCUCUGUAGACUCCCAGAUGUUAUAUUACGCUGUACUUGGAGUUACACCUCGCUUUGAAAAAGCCACAUCCAGCUACAUCCUAAAUGCACACAAUCUGCCUCAUGUCAUUAACCCAGUUGAGGCAAGACUUGGUUCCAGUGCUGCCUCACUCUAUCCAGUGUUAAACUUUUUGCUGUACGUUCCAGAAUAUUCUCAUUCACCUCUUUACAUCCACGACAAAGAUGGGAGUAGAGUUCCCAGCAAUGCAUUUCACAGCCCACGCUGGGGAGGGAUCAUGGUCUAUAAUGUUGAUUAUGAAAAUCAACGAGAAAUUGAUUUCCCAUUACGUAUUGAUAUUGACAUGGUACGAGUGAUGGAAGUGUUUUUAACCCAGUUGCGGUUACUUUUGGGAAUUACAGAUGUGUCUGUACCGGGAAACUACAAGUUAGAGACCCCAGGGAAUGAGGGGCUAACAGACUGGGAAUUGGACACACUUCUUUGGACACGAGCUGUUGAAAACAUUGCUACAGUGACCACGACAUUGACUUCAUUGGCUCAGCUUUUGGAUCAGAUUGGGAACAUUGUUAUUAAUGAUAACGUGGCUUCUGAAGUAUAUCAUGCUGUUACUUCAGUUCAAAUGGCCUUGUCUGAGCUGGAAUCUGGAAGGCUGGAAUUUGCUUUUCAAGCUAGUAAAGAGGCCAUUUCGUCUUCUGAGAAGGCAUUUUUUGAUCCCUCUCUCCUCCAUCUUUUGUACUUUCCAGAUGAUCAAAAAUUUGCCAUUUAUAUCCCUUUGUUCUUGCCCAUGGCUGUACCUAUACUAAUGUCUCUUUUGAAGAUAGCCAAGGAUUACAAGGCAAGCAAAAAAGCUUCAAUCAAAGUGGACUGAGUUUCUUCAAAAAUAACUGGACUCCUAGAGAGUGAGGAACCUUGGUUGAAUUAUGUAUUUAUUGC